AAACAAAAAAUGGAUGCGGAAUUGAAACAAAAAAUUGAGAGCUGUGUUCGUACGGCAGAGGACUUCACAAAACUAUACUAUCAGUCGUUUGAUAAACGGAGGCAUCAAAUCAGCCGCCUUUACCUAGAAAAUGGUUUAUUUGUAUGGAAUGGCAAUGGCGCCUCGGGCAAAGAUAAUAUACACAAAUAUUUCAUAGAAUUGCCCUCAUCGGAACAUACAAUUUCCACUCUGGAUGCUCAGCCUAUUGUUGAUGAUGCUGUUGCCGGCCAAUUAACAUAUCUAAUACAAUCUGGUGGUACUGUCAAAUAUACCGACCAACCGGUUAAACCUUUCCAGCAAACGUUCAUUAUAACUGCCCAAGAUGACAAGUGGAGAAUUGCCAGCGAUUGUUAUCGCCUGCAAGAUGCUUUGGUGACACAAAAUAAAUAAGUGGUGGGAGG